ACAACAGCAUUGUCAAGCCAAAGACUCAACAACACAAGGUUCAGCGAACACACACAGAGGAAGACAGAUCCAUUACUCUCUCGUCUUCUUCUUCUUCUUCUUCUUCUUCUUCGUCUUCCUCUUCUUCUUAGCCUUACCCUUAUAUUUUCUAACCCACAUGCCUUGUUCUUUAGUCUCAAAAAUCAUUCUCAAACCCCAAAAAUUAAAAGUGGCCAAACCAAACCCAUAACUUAUUUAUAGGAAAAACCCUUAUUUUUCUUCUUCCCGAAAACCCAUUCCAAUUUAUUGUUUUUGGGACCUAAAAAAUGGCAGAAGGAAAUAAAAAUCCCAACUGGAGAGUUGGAAAGGCCUUGGAGAAGUCUAAUUUUGCCCAGACUUGUACUCUAUUGAGUCAGUUUUUGAAGGAGAAGAGAGCUACUGAGGUUGGAUUAUCUGCAAAUAAUAAGUCUGAAACCAAAGAAAAAACAGACACGUUUCGUGCACCAGCUUCUUCAAUGAAUUUCUUGACCAAUAUGCAUGUGGAAAAUCAAGCUGCAGGGACUAAUACACAAAGUGCUCCCGCAGAAGUCUCACCUGUGGUGAAAUCCCCCAAUUUUUUUCACCAACUUGUUUCCCCCAGCUCCAAUAAUAUUGAAGACUCUAAUAAACCUGAUCCAAGGAAAACGACAAGUACGAAAGUUGAGAGUUCACAAAUGACCAUAUUCUACGCUGGCCAAGUCCUUACUUUUAACGAUCUUCCGUCUGAUAAAGCGGACGAAGUGAUGGCAUUGGCUAGAAAAGGAAGCUCAUCAAGCUCAAACUUAAAUAAUAGCACUAGUGUUUCCGUUACUACUGUCAAGGAGAAAAUUGACUCUGCCAAUAUUGUAAUUAACAUUAACGAGUCUCCUGCUGAUCCUGAUGAAAACUCCAAUUUAGUCAUUCAGAGCAAAAGUUCAGUCGAACCCAAGUCUAAUGGCCAACUCACAGUGAAUAAAAAAUUCCCAACUCUUGAACCAAUUCAAGAACGUCCCGCUGAAGCCGCCGCCAAUGGAUCUGAUUUGCCAAUUGCGAGAAGAAACUCCCUCCAUCGGUUCUUGGAGAAGAGAAAAGACAGGGUGGCAGCUAAAGCACCAUACCAAGUGAAUAAUCGCCCAGUAAUGGCUCCGCCAAAGCCAGCGGAUGAAGGAAAUCAAUGGAGUACUAGCACUAGUGCCAGUGAAGGACAUGGUGGUGAAGGUGAAUGUUCAGAGCAACUAGAACUUAAGUUAUAGUCUGGGUGAGAUUUGAGCUCAUUCAUGAUUUGUUAAGCUUAGACGACUCACGUACGUACGCCUAGAAAUAUCUGUAAUUGUUGUAUAUUUUUUGUUAUUUAAUCAUUAAGCAAUUAUAUAUCCUAACUAUACUCCUUUAAUUACCAUCCAUGCAUCGUUUAAUUAGUCUCAGAUUUUUGUAAUUACUCACUUAUAAUGAUUUACUUUCCAUUGUUAUUCAAGUUAGUUCGUUGAAUGCUUUGAGAUUUAAUGAAUGAGUUCUGUUAUCACAUUCUUGAUAUAA